AUGACUCACUGUCUCUGCCUCAUGUAUUGUCUACAUUUCACUCAUUCUCUUUAUCCCUCACUCAUUCACUCACUGUCUCUGUCUCAUGUAUUGUCUACCUCUCACUCAUUCUCUUUAUCCCUCACUCAUUCACUCACUGUCUCUGUCUCAUGUAUUGUCAACCUCUCACUCAUUCUCUUUAUCCCUCACUCAUUCACUCACUGUCUCUGUCUCAUGUAUUGUCAACCUCUCACUCAUUCUCUUUAUCCCUCACUCAUUCACUCACUGUCUCUGUCUCAUGUAUUGUCUACCUCUCACUCAUUCUCUUUAUCCCUCACUCAAUCACUCACUGUCUCUGUCUCAUGUAAUGUCUACCUCUCACUCAUUCUCUUUAUCCCUCACUCAUUCACUCACUGUCUGUCUCAUGUAAUGUCUACCUCUCACUCAUUCUCUUUAUCCCUCACUCAAUCACUCACUGUCUCUGUCUCAUGUAUUGUCUACCUCUCACUCAUUCUCUUUAUCCCUCUAUCAAUGACUCACUGUCUCUGCCUCAUGUAUUGUCUACAUUUCACUCAUUCUCUUUAUCCCUCACUCAAUCACUCACUGUCUCUGUCUCAUGUAAUGUCUACCUCUCACUCAUUCUCUUUAUCCCUCACUCAAUCACUCACUGUCUCUGCCUCAUGUAAUGUCUACCUCUCACUCAUUCUCUUUAUCCCUCACUCAUUCACUCACUGUCUCUGUCUCAUGUAUUGUCAACCUCUCACUCAUUCUCUUUAUCCCUCACUCAUUCACUCACUGUCUCUGUCUCAUGUAUUGUCAACCUCUCCUCAUUCUCUUUAUCCCUCACUCAUUCGCUCAAUGUCUCUGUCUCAUGUAUUGUCAACCUCUCACUCAUUCUCUUUAUCCCUCACUCAUUCCUCACUGUCUCUGUCUCAUGUAUUGUCAACCUCUCACUCAUUCUCUUUAUCCCUCACUCAUUCACUCACUGUCUCUGUCUCAUGUAUUGUCAACCUCUCACUCAUUCUCUUUAUCCCUCAUUCAUUCACUCACUGUCUCUGUCUCAUGUAUUGUCAACCUCUCACUCAUUCUCUUUAUCCCUCAAUCAUUCACUCACUGUCUCUGUCUCAUGUAUUGUCAACCUCUCACUCAUUCUAUUUAUCCCUCACUCAUUCACUCACUCUUUCACUCAUUCUUUUAUCCCUCACUCAUUCACUCACUGUCUCUGUCUCAUGUAUUGUCUACGUUUCACUCAUUCUCUUUAUCCCUCUACCUCUCACUCAUUCUCUUUAUCCCUCACUGUCUCUGUCUCAUGUAAUGUUUUCUACCUCUCACUCAUUCUCUUUAUCCCUCCCUCAUUCACUCACUGUCUCUGCCUCAUGUAAUGUCUACCUCUCACUCAUUCUCUUUAUCCCUCACUCAUUCACUCACUGUCUCUGUCUCAUGUAUUGUCAACCUCUCACUCAUUCUCUUUAUCCCUCACUCAUUCACUCACUGUCUCUGUCUCAUGUAUUGUCAACCUCUCACUCAUUCUCUUUAUCCCUCACUCAUUCACUCACUGUCUCUGUCUCAUGUAUUGUAAUGUCUACCUCUCACUCAUUCUCUUUAUCCUUGUCUACAUUCAUUCUCUUUGUCUCUGUUCAUUCACUCACUGUCUAUGUCCUCAUAUAUUGUCUAUUCUCAUUUCUCUUUAUCCCUCACUCAUUCACUCACUGUCUCUGCCUCAUGCAUUGUCUACCUCUCACUCAUUCUCUUUAUCCCUCACUCAUUCACUCACUGUCUCUGCCUCAUGUAUUGUCUACCUCUCACUCAUUCUCUUUAUCCCUCACUCAAUCACUCACUGUCUCUGUCUCAUGUAUUGUCUACCUCUCACUCAUUCUCUUUAUCCCUCACUCAAUCACUCACUGUCUCUGUCUCAUGUAUUGUCUACCUUUCACUCAUUCUCUUUAUCCCUCACUCAUUCACUCACUGUCUCUGUCUCAUGUAUUGUCUACCCUCACUCCAUUCUCUUUAUCCCUCACUCAUUCCUCACUGUCUCUGCCUCAUGUAUUGUCUACCUCUCCUCAUUCUCUUUAUCCCUCACUCAUUCACUCACUGUCUCUGCCUCAUGUAUUGUCAACCUCUCUCCUCAUUCUCUUUAUCCCUCACUCAAUCACUCACUGUCUCUGCCUCAUGUAUUGUCUACCUCUCAUUCUCUUUAUCCCUCACUCAAUCACUCACUGUCUCUGCCUCAUGUAUUGUCUACCUCUCACUCAUUCUCUUUAUCCCUCACUCAAUCACUCACUGUCUCUGUCUCAUGUAUUGUCUACCUCUCACUCAUUCUCUUUAUCCCUCACUCAUUCACUCACUGUCUCUGUCUCUGUCUCAUUUAUUGUCUACCUCUCACUCAUUCUCUUUAUCCCUCACUCAUUCACUCACUGUCUCUGCCUCAUGCAUUGUCUACCUCUCACUCAUUCUCUUUAUCCCACACUCAAUCACUCACUGUCUCUGCCUCAUGUAUUGUACCUUGUCAUUCUCUUUAUCCCUCACUCAUCACUCACUGUCUUUCAUCCCUCACUCAUUCACUCACUGUCUCUGUCUCAUGUAUUGUCUACCUCUCACUCAUUCUCUUUAUCCCUCACUCAAUCCUCCUGUCUCUGCCUCAUGUAUUGUCUACCUCUCACUCAUUCUCUUUAUCCCUCACUCAUUUCACUGUCUCUGUCUCUGCCUCAUGUAUUGUCUUUACCUCUCACUCAUUCUCUUUAUCCCUCACUCAUUCACUCACUGUCUCUGUCUCAUGUAUUAUGUACCUCUCACUCAUUCUCUUUAUCCCACCUCAUUCACUCACUGUCUCUGUCUCAUGUAUUGUCUACCUCUCACUCAUUCUCUUUAUCCCUCACUCAAUCACUCACUGUCUCUGCCUUCAUGUAUUGUCCUCACCUUUAUCCCUCACUCAUUCUCUCUUUAUCCCUCAUUCACCACACUCAAUCUGUCUCUGUCUCAUGUAUUGUCAACCUCUCACUCAUUCUCUUUAUCCCUCACUCAUUCACUCACUGUCUCUGUCUCAUGUAUUGUCUACCUCUCACUCAUUCUCUUUAUCCCUCACUCAAUCACUCACUGUCUCUGCCUCAUGUAUUUACCUCUCACAUUCUCUUUAUCCCUCUCAAUCAUUCUCUUGUAUUGUCUCCUCUCACUCAUUUCUUUUAUCCCUCACUCAUUCUCUCACUGUCUGUCUCUCAUGUAUUGUUUACCUCUCACUCAUUCUCUUUAUCCCACACUCAAUCACUCACUGUGUCUCUAUCCUGUCUACUUCUCCACUCAUUCUCUUUAUCCCUCACUCAUUCACUCACUGUCUCUGUCUCUCAUGUAUUGUCUACCUCUCACUCAUUCUCUUUAUCCCUCACUCAUUCACUCACUGUCUCUGUCUCAUGUAUUGUCUCCUCUCACUCAUUCUCUUUUCCCCUUUGUCUCCUCACUCAAUCACUCACUGUCUCUGCCUCUCAUGUAAUGUCUUUCCACUCUCCUCAUUCUCUUUAUCCCUCACUCAUUCCUCCUGUCUCUCAUGUCUCAUGUAUUGUCAACCUCUCACUCAUUCUCUUUAUCCCUCAUUCAAUCACUCCUGUCUCUUCCUCCUGUCUCUAUCCCCUAUCAUCACUACCUGUCUCUGCCUCCUACCUCUCACUCAUUCUCUUUAUCCCUCCUCAUUCCUCACUGUCUCUGUCUCAUGUAUUGUUUACCUCUCACUCAUUCUCUUUAUCCCUCACUCAAUCACUCCUGUCUCUGCCUCAUGUACCUCUCCAUGUCUCUGUCUCCAAUCCCUCUCAGUCUCAUUCUCUUUAUCCCUCAUUCUCAUUCACUCAACUGUCUCUGUCUCAUGCAUUGUCUACCUCUCACUCAUUUCUCUUUAUCCCUCACUCAUUCACUCACUGUCUCUGUCUCUCUACCUCUCACUCAUUCUCUUUAUCCCUCACUCAAUCACUUCCUGUCUCUGCCUCGUGUAUUUGUCUACCUCUCACUCAUUCUCUUUAUCCCUCACUCAAUCCUCCUGUGUCUGUCUCAUGUAUUGUCUACCUCUCACUCAUUCUCUUUAUCCCUCACUCAAUCACUCACUGUCUCUGUCUCAUGUAUUGUCUACCUCUCACUCAUUCUCUUUAUCCCUCCUCAAUCUCACUGUCUCUGUCUCAUGUAUUGUCUACCUCUCACUCAUUCUCUUUAUCCCUCACUCAAUCACUCACUGUCUCUGCCUCAUGUAUUGUCUACCUCUCACUCAUUCUCUUUAUCCCUCACUCAAUCCUCCUGUCUCUGUCUCAUGUAUUGUCUACCUUUAUCCCUCACUCUCAUUCUCUUUUAUCCCUCUCAUUCAAUCCUCACUGUCUCUGCCCCUCAUGUAAUGUCUACCUCUCACUCAUUCUCUUUAUCCCUCCUCAAUCCUCACUGUCUCUGUCUCAUUGUCAACUCCCUGUCUCUAUCCCUCACUCAUUCCUCACUGUCUCUGUCUCAUGUAUUGUCUACCUCUCACUCAUUCUCUUUAUCCUUCACUCAAUCACUCACUGUCUCUGUCUCAUGUAUUGUCUACCUCUCACUCAUUCUCUCUUUAUCCCUCAUUCUCAAUCACUCACUGUCUCUGCUCAUGUAUUGUCUACCUCUCUCAUUCUCUUUAUCCCUCUAUCAAUCACUCACUGUUCUGCCUCAUGUAUUGUCUACCUCUCACUCAUUCUCUUUAUCCCUCACUCAAUCACUCCUGUGUCUCAUCUAUUGUCUACCUCUCAUUCUCUUUAUCCCUCCUCAUUCCUCACUGUCUCUGCCUCAUGUAUUGUCUACCUCUCCUCAUUCUCUUUAUCCCUCUCAUUCCUCACUGUCUUGUCUCUUUGUCCCUCUCACUCAUUCUCUUUAUCCUCACUCAAUGUCUGUCUCUGUCUCAUGUAUUGUCUACCUCUCCUCAUUCUCUUUAUCCCUCACUCAAUCACUCACUGUCUCUGCCUCAUGCGUCUGUCUAUUCUCCUCUCCUCAUAA